CUGGGAAAUUGUCAAAAAACGUUUUGACAGUUCGUCUCGUAGCUAACUAGCACCGGAGAGUUCGCUUCCUGCACAUAGUUUAGUUAUUUCGGUGGUCCCCUUCCUGCCAUUCCCUCGAUUUCAGUGCCAGCAUGACAUCCAUAGAUGAAAGCGACAAAGAAAAGUUGCGCUCUGUGUCUGUGGACCUAAACAACGAUGCCUCUCUCCUUAUUGACAUUCCUGACGCACUCUGUGAACGAGACAAAGUCAAGUUUACAGUUCAUACAAAGACCACACUGAGCUCUUUCCAGAAGCCGGAGUUCUCUGUUCCCAGGCAGCAUGAAGAUUUCAUCUGGUUACAUGACACACUGGUGGAGACAGAGGACUAUGCUGGCCUAAUAAUUCCUCCAGCACCCCCUAAGCCUGACUUUGACAGUCCAAGAGAGAAGAUGCAUAAACUGGGGGAAGGUGAAGCCACUAUGACCAAAGAGGAGUACACUAAAAUGAAGCAAGAGCUGGAGGCUGAAUACCUGGCUGUGUUUAAGAAAACUGUCCAAGUGCAUGAAAUCUUCCUGCAGAGACUGUCUUCUCACCCCAUUUUAAGCAAAGACAGAAAUUUCCAGAUUUUCUUGGAGUAUGACCAGGAUCUCAGUGUGAGGCGAAAGAAUGCAAAGGAAAUGUUUGGAGGAUUCUUUAAAAACAUGGUAAAGUCAGCUGAUGAAGUCCUUAUCUCAGGAGUAAAGGAAGUUGAUGACUUUUUUGAGCAGGAAAAAACCUUCCUGCUUGACUACUACAGCAAGAUCAAAGACUCCACUGCCAAAGCAGAGAAAAUGACCCGUGCACACAAAAAUAUUGCGGAUGAUUAUAUUCACAUUUCCGCCACUCUGAACAGUCUCGCGGCUGAUGAUACAACAGCAAAUAAGAAAAAUCUUGAGAAGCUGUCAGACACGUUUGAGAAGCUUAGAAAAGUGGAGGGAAGAGUGGCAUCUGACCAGGAUCUAAAACUCACAGAGCUGCUGAGAUACUACAUGAGAGACAUCCAAGCUGCUAAGGACCUUCUGUACAGGCGAGCCCGGGCGUUGGCUGACUAUGAGAACUCUAACAAGGCCUUGGAUAAGGCCCGACUGAAGAGCAAGGACAUUCCACAGGCGGAAGAUAACCAGCGGCAGUGCCUGCAGAAAUUUGACAAGCUUUCAGAAUCUGGGAAGAAAGAACUCACCAGUUUCAAGGGCAGACGUGUUGUGGCCUUCAGGAAGAACUUCAUAGAGAUGGCUGAGCUUGAGAUAAAGCACGCCAAGAACAGCGUGACUCUCUUGCAGAGUUGUAUUGAGCUGCUCAAGAGCAACUGAUGUGCUUAAGUAUUCUUGUGCUGCCAUCACCAAGUGACCAGUCAUUUUUAAAAAAAAAAAAAAAAAAAA